ACGCAGGCGCACACGCAUCCUAAAUUGACAGGACGACGCUGAGCUGCAUUCCCAUCAUUCUAUGAGCAGACGAGGAUCCCGACACACCGAUAGUGAUCGAACCAACGCCUCUGGAUCAGAAAACCUCUAUUAUAAUCCGAUAGAGUUAUCGCUGUAACCAUGUCCGCCGGAGGAGACUUGGGGAACCCUCUGAGGAAAUUCAAACUGGUCUUUUUAGGAGAACAGAGCGUGGGGAAGACAUCGCUGAUCACCCGGUUUAUGUACGACAGCUUCGACAACACAUAUCAGGCGACCAUUGGGAUUGACUUCUUAUCAAAGACCAUGUACCUGGAGGACCGAACAGUGAGACUGCAGCUGUGGGAUACAGCAGGUCAGGAGCGCUUCAGGAGCCUCAUCCCCAGCUACAUACGGGACUCUACUGUCGCUGUGGUUGUGUAUGACAUUACAAACGUGAACUCGUUCCAGCAGACCUGUAAGUGGAUUGACGACGUUCGAACAGAGAGGGGCAGUGAUGUCAUCAUCAUGUUAGUGGGCAACAAGACAGACCUGGAGGAGAAGAGACAAAUCACUAUUGAAGAGGGAGAACAGAGAGCCAAAGAACUGAACGUGAUGUUCAUCGAAACCAGUGCCAAAACAGGCACCAAUGUCAAACAGCUGUUUCGACGUGUGGCAGCAGCCUUACCUGGGAUGGAGAGCUUGGACGAUGCGAACCCUGAAGGCAUGAUUGACAUUAAGCUGGACAAACCAGCAGAACCCACUGUCCCUGAGGGUGGGUGCUUGUGUUAAUGCAGAGCUGUCGGACAGCUUCCUUCACACCAUAGGCUUGUUGUGUUGCUUCCUACUGGUUAGCUUCCAGUUGACUUUUCUGAUUGGAUAUGGGCUGCGUACCGUAUAUCUGAUUGGACGAAUCAAGUGUUAUUUCAGUCUUCAGUUGUAAAAUAGUGUAUACUUUGUCAAUAUGUAAGUGCCAGAGAAGGAAAAAAAAGAGAAAAAAAAGUUUUAGAAAAUGAAAAAAGGGAGGAAAUGGAGUGAAACUCGAAUUCUUUUCGCCGUUAUGUUUUGUAUUUUUUUAUAUAAAAGGGAAAGCACCAAAAAUGACACGUAAAUUGGGAAAAGUGGGGAAGUCCAUUUCCAAGAUGGCUGCCCUGUCUGAAUAUCUGCAGCACGCAUGCACGCUGAUCUCAAACCUUACAACCCUGGAGUGGCUCGACUAACGUAGAAUGUUUUAUAGCAUAAUAAUAGCAUACUCAUAUCAACAAUGUGUUCCAUUUGAUAUUCCCCACAGGCGUCGAUUUACCAUAGAUUCACCCUUACUUACAGUACUAUAGCUGUGAAAAUAUGUCACUCUCAAUGGGCAACUUUUAUAGAACACCUGUGCUGUGGUAAAUGAAGAAGAAAAAAAGCCAAUGGAAUUUCACAAGCCCUCCCCCUCCCCCUCCCUCUUCCUUCCUCCUUUCCCCUGGUAAUACACAUUAAGCUCCACUGUACUGCACUGCACUGCACUGUAUAUAAUAAUGUAAUAUGUAUGUUAUGAACGUCCCUCGGUAGAAGUGGUCCUUGUUCACUGGUAUGAAUAAUGUAAUAAUGUUUAAUUAUUAAUAAAUGAAAGAUUAAAGGGCUUCACUUUCCUAAACCAUCCACACUUA